AUCGAACAUAUGCAACUACAGACGUGAAAGCAUUAAAAGCCGCCUGCGUACUGCUGCUAGACCUUUAUUGCUUUCGCAAACAAUUUGUUUCUCACUUUCACCAUGUUUCUGAACUCAUCCGCUGCCUCCUGGGUCUACAACGAAACCAAAACCAACAUUGAGGUCGAGCCCUUUCACCGUAACCUACCAGACUAUGCAGUCACUCCGCUCAUCCCUCUACCGAGCCUUGCAAAAGAACUUGGACUUGGUCAUGUUCUGCUCAAGGACGAAUCUAAUCGCCUGGGAUUACCCGCAUUCAAGAUUCUUGGGGCAUCGUGGGCUGUAUUCAAAGCGGUCGCCGCGAGAUGUAAUCUUCCGCCAACUAGCACCCUGGAAGAGUUAGGCACGGCUGCAAGGCAGGCUAGUAUUCGCCUUGUCACUUGCACUGAGGGCAACUGGGGAAGAGCCGUCUCUAGAAUGGCCAAGUACUUGGGGAUCACCGCCAUCAUAUUUGUGCCAGACUUUAUGGACGAAGCUACACAGCGGAAGAUUGAGAGCGAAGGCGCCAAAGUUGUGGUAGUGACCGGAGACUACGACUUUUCCAUCAAGAAAGCGAGAGAAGAGGCGGACAGAGAUGGUCUGCUGGUCAUGGACGUCUCGUGGGAAGGCUAUGAGGAGAUACCGGAGUGGGUGGUGGAGGGAUAUACAACAAUGCUCACCGAGACAGACAGGCAGCUAGCGGCCAUGGGCGUCCAUUCAGCAACUCACGCCAUAGCCUCGGUUGGUGUAGGAUCGUGGGCGCAAGCUGUCACUAUGCACUACAAGAGCAAGGAACCUUCUGCAACAGUGAUCACAGUAGAGCCCGACACUGCCGCAAGUCUGAAGGCAAGCUUGGAGGCUGGGGAAAUCACUCCUAUCGCGACAGGCCAUACCAUCAUGAACGGCAUGAACUGCGGGACAGUUUCCACGACCGCGUGGAAGGUUUUGAAAGAAGGUAUCGACGCAAGUGUUACAGUUUCUGAUGUCGAUGUCCACCAUGACCUGCAAUAUCUUCACAGUCAACACGUCAAGGUCGGACCAUGUGGUGCAGCAACUUUGACCGCCUUGAAGCAAGUGUGUCGAGAGAAUAAGGGGGAACUAGGGCUGACCGACAACUCUGUGGUUGUUGUUUUCAGUACUGAAGGCGCACGAGAUUACGCCGUGCCUAUUAGAGAAUCGAUCAGGCCUGGUGCUGGUCCGUGACUGGACUUACAUCUUCCUACGUAGAGGUGAUAGCUUGAAGCCCUUUGGGCAGUAUUACAUACUGAAAAGAAGCCGUAUAGUGUAGUAUGAUGGGGUUCAAUGCUUUAUGGAACCACCUUGGUUAAA